CACUGCUUUAAAGUUUUCAACUUCCAGAAUAUUCCCUCUCCCCAAAAUGAAGCCCCAUCCACAUCAGCCAUCACCCCCUCCCCAGCCCCUGGCAACCACAGCCCCCUUCCCGUCCCUGGACAAGCCCGUUCUGGGCGUUUCACACCCGCGGACUCACAGCCCGUGUGGCCUCUCGUGUCGGGUCCCCUCCCUGAGCGGCGUGUGUUCGGGUCCGUCCGCAGGCGCCUCGCUCCUGCUCGCGGCCGAGUGACGUUCCAGGGCAAUAUUCCAGCACGCUGCGGACACGCCCUGUUUGUCCCUUCACCCACUGGCGGCCACUUGGGUUGACGCCACUCCUUGGCCACGUGAACCGCGCUGCCGUGCGCGUGCGCGGUCUGCAGGGCCGUCCGUUCCCCCGUCUUCUGGGCAGAUGCCUGGGAGCGGAAUUGCUGGGUCGUGGGGGUAAGUCUAUGGGUGUUUGAGGAGCUGCCGGAAAACCGGUUUACACAGCAGCUGCCCCGUUUCCCACUCCCACCAGCCGUGUCCGAGGGCCGUGGUGUCUCUGCACCCUUGCUGACGCUUGCCGUUGUCCCUUGCUGCGACGGCCGCCAUCCUGGCGGGGAGGUGGGGGGUGGGGGGGUGAAGUCAUCGUGAUUUCCCGACUGGCCAAUGAUGCUGAGCAUCUUUUCAGCUGCUGGCUGGCCAUUUAUGGAUCUUCUCUGGAGAAAGGUUACAGGUGUGUGUGUGUGUGUGUGUGUGUGUGUGUGUGUGUGUGUGUGAUCAAGAUCUAAUUCACGUAACCAUAGAACUUACUCUUUCAAAGUGUGCAGCUUGCCGGGUUGCUGCAUAAUCACAGAGUCGCACAACCACAGCAGCCUGAUGGCUUUUUACACUUGUACCAGCAUUUUGUACAGAACAUGGGAUGUUCCACACCCCUUCCCUGAUCCGUCUGCCUCAGGCUGCCUGCCACCUUUAUUGCAAUGUUUCACAGACUUAUUUAUGUCAAAAAGAUUUUAUUUUUAAGCAAUCUCUACACCCAAGGUGGGGCUCGAACUCACGACCCCAAGAUCAAGAGUCGCACGCUCUCCCGACUGAGCCAGCUGGGUGCCCCCUCCCAAAGUAUUUUGUGAGUGGCAAGGUGGCUUGGCUCUAGAAGGCUGGAGCCCCCCGGAAGGCAGGGACGGGAGCUCUUUUGGUCAUUCCAGUAAACCCAGUGCCUGGGACACAGUUGGUGCUCCAUAAAUGCUCAUACAGUGACCGAGUGAAUGGUCCAGCCAUGCCCUUGAUCCUUUAACAGGCUUUUUCAGCUUUGAGGACAGUGGGGUGCCCUGGCAUUUGGUGAUCAGGGACUGUGGACACUUGACCGUCUGGUCCUCGAGCCCCUCGGCAGUCCCUGGGAAGGCCCCGCCCCAGAAGGGCUGAUGUGGCCGUCUGGCCGCCUCCUGGCUUGCCCGCCCUCAGACCUGGGUGAGUGCACAGGAAGGAAGGAAGGCCGGGGUCUAUUUUAGACUGUGGCCCGCUCCCCCGGGACAGUAGUCAUCUCCCUGUCUGGCUGCGUGGAUGGGGGGUUCCUGGCAGAACAAUGGGUCGGGGAUGGGGGGGGGGGGUCUCGCAGCUGGGCUGGCCCAGGUGUCAGCGGGUCUGGGGACUGGCCGGAGGGGUUAGGAGUGUGGAGGCCGAGAGGGAGGCUCCCUUUUACUUCUGGGCUCAGGAGGGAGGUCCUGCUGAGGGCCCAGCCCCCCUCCCGGCACAUCCCACCUCAGGACUCGGCAGAUUGGAGAGCCAAGGCCCAGAGACGGAUGGAAUCCUCCCGAGGGUCACACAGCGACUGAGAUAGGCCGCAAGACCAGGGCUCCAGGGCACUUAGGGUCCAGGUACCUUGGCCUCAUCCCUGGACCCAGGGAAAGGCCUUUUCCUCUCCGAGCCUCAGUUUGUUCAUCUGUAAGCUGGGGAGACUGGACUCGGGACCUUGGGGUUUCUUCUCGUUUGCGUCCGCGGACAUCCUUUCCCUCAUGCAUUCAACGAACGCUUGCGGGGUGCCCGCUGUGUACCAGGCCCCGGGCUGACUGCUGGAGGCACGGUGUGGACAAGGGAGACCCAGUCCCUGCCUGCACCGUCAGGCCAGGGAGAUGAGCAAUGAAACCAAAGUGUGCGAGGCCAAAAUGGAGCACGCCAGGGCGCCACGGGAGCCGCCAGGCACCUGGCCCAGCCUGGGACAUCCAGGAAGCCUUCCAGGAGGAGGUGACUGUGACACUGAGAUUUGGAUGAGCAGUUUACAGGAUGAGUAAUAGGGAGAGGAGGGGCCCCGGUAGAGGGAACAGGACAGAACAUUCUAGAGAAACGGGUGGGAGGCAUCGGGGAGGCACGGGCACCCCUUGUGCCAAGCCGCUCUUUUUCCAGAGAGUCCGACAGAGAAGUAGGUGUGUGCAUUCAGGGAGCUUGAAUGGCGGAAUUCUAGGCCGUGGCAUCCAGCUUCUGGCCCAAGGGAAGCUCGCACGCAGCCUGGGUGGGGGUGGGGGGGGGCAUUGGAUUGGCCACAACCUUCUGCCCUAGGACAGAGUUGGUUCUAUCUUCCCCAUUUUACAGAUGGGGAAACUGAGGCACGGGGUGGUUAUGUUGCUUGGCUAAGCGGUCAGGCCCCGGGGGGCUGGAUCUGUGGCUGACACAGCUCCCGGCGCCCGAGAAACUCAGGUGAUUUGCAGGCGUCAAGCGGGGAAGGUGGAGGAAGUUAGGCACGCAGAGGCAGGCGGUCAAGGGUACUGCUGUGUGGCCCUGGGGCAGUGGCUCAGGCUCUCUGAGCCUGUGUCAUUUCUUCAACAAACUGGCAGCCAGCCUAAUACCCGGCGGAUAUGAGGAAACGGUCACACGCUGCCGGCUCAGGGCCUGCCCCGUGGUGCUGAGUCAGCAGCACCCCUGCUCUGGCCCAGGCCCGCGUAGCCCCGGGGUCUGGUGACUGGUGUGGGGGGCAGGGAAGGCGGUCCGGUCCUCGCCGUGGCCACCCUGACCUCUGAGGGCAGCGCAGGCGGAGGGGACUUCUCCCGGGGUGUGAGCUCGCACAAAGAUGGUCUUUGUGGGGGCUCUGGGCUGAGUGGGCACCCACGGGGCAUUCCUGGUCCGGCUGGCCUGGGGCUGGGGUGGGGGUGGCUUCGACCAGGGCCUGGGGCGAUGGGUGAGGACCGGAGGUGGCUCUCAGGCUCGCCUCAUUCAUGUUUCUGGAGUCUCCAAGGACACAGCAGGGCGGAUGGACACGUUCAGCACCAAGAGCCUGGCCCUGCAGGCGCAGAAGACGCUGCUGGGCAAGAUGGCGUCCAAGGCCACGGUGGCCGUGUUCAUCGAUGACGCGAGCGGCGAGGUGCUGGACGAGCUGUACCGCGCCACCAAGGAGUUCACCCGCAGCCGCAAGGAGGCCCAGAGGAUGGUCAAGAACCUGGUCAAGGUGGCCGUGAAGCUGGGCGUCCUGCUCCGCGGCGGCCAGCUGGGCGGCGAGGAGCUGGCGCUGCUGCAGCGCUUCCGCCAGGGGGCGCGCCGCCUCGCCAUGACGGCCGUCAGCUUCCACCAGGUGGACUUCACCUUCGACCGGCGCGUGCUGGCCGCCGGCCUGCACGAGUGCCGGGACCUGCUGCACCAGGCCGUGGGCGCGCACCUGACCGCCAAGUCCCACGGCCGCAUCAACCACGUCUUCGGCCACUUGGCCGACUGCGACUUCCUGGCCGCGCUCUACGGCCCCACCGAGCCCUACCGCUCGCACCUGCGCCGGAUCUGCGAGGGCCUCACCCGGAUGCUGGACGAGGACAGCAUAUGACCUCCGGCCCGGGGUUUCCUGAGGGGGGAGGGGGGUGGGGGUCGUUCUAGAACCUUUUUUCUCCCGCCCGAUUCUGGCCAAAUCCCCGGGACAGGCGCCCAUCCCCCCGAGAGGAUGCUGAUCCGUUGGAGGCAGCGGUUUUAAGGACUCUCCUCCCGCACCGUCUCAACAGAAGAGCUCAGCCUGCGGGGGCGCGGCCUCCCCACGCACCCCGAGGCUGCUGCCCACCCAGGCCUGCCUGACCUGACCCCCAGCACCCCUACACUCCCUCGAUGCUUCUGAAGGCUGGCACCUGCCACCUCGUCAUGUUAACGAUGUUGCCUGUUCCUUCCGACAGGGUCGUGGUGAACGGGAAGAAAGGGAGUGUUGUGGGGGUGAGCUGCAGCUCCCCAAAUUCUUUGGUCGAAGUUCUAGCCCCCAGAACCUCUGAAUGCGCCCUUGUUUGGAAAUAGGGUCUUCGCCGAUGGAAUCAGUUGAGGUCACGCUGGACUGGGGGUGGGCCCCUGAUGCAGCAUGACUGGCGUCCUCGUAAGGGGACAUUCAGACAGAGAAGGCCGUGUGAAGGUGGGGGCAGACUCUGGAUGGCUGUGUCUACCAGCCAGGACUGCCAGCAGCCUCCAGAAGCCGGGAGAGCCGCCUGAACGGCCUUCGGAAGGAACCAGCCCAAGGGACACCUCGACUGCAGACUCCCGCCUCCGCCUCCAGGGCUAGGAGGGCACAGAUUCCCGCUCUCGCCCUGGGGGUCGAGCACAGGCAGCCAGGAGAGUGCGGGGGUGGGGGCUGUGGGCGAGGAUUUGGUUGGGAUCGCUGCCCUGACUCCCACGCGGGAGGGGACGGAGUGUGCCCCUUGCUCGGGGCUCAAGGGGAAAGCCAUCGGAGAUGCGCGCCCAUUUAAAACAGGUAUUUCACUUGUG